UUUUUUAAGUCAGCCUUGUGAGAGCCGGGUGCAGAGAAUUCGUAUCGACCAGCCAUUGUUGGAAUUCGAACCCGGUACACCUCACUGGAAAGCAAGCUCUCUAUUCCUUGAGCUCCUACAGAGGUAUUGAUCUGUUAUAGAAACUUGGAGCACAUUGUGACCCCGAUAGAUUAAUAUGCAGCAGACACCAUUUUGUACACGGGUAGUUUUCGCCCAGCGUGGAUCGAACUCACGACUACUUAGACAUGGGCACAACGCCCUACGUUAUCCAGACUGAUAGAAACAUUUCUAAAUGGAUAUUUAAAAACUGAUUGCCUUACUUUUUCAGUUGAAUAUUCUGAGAACAUAUAUUCUUCGCAGAGAGACUCUUACAGAAAUAAUUCAAGGGUCAAGGUAAAGAGCUCAUGAGGAUGAUUAUGAUGAUGUCGAAAGUGAGGAUGAAGCAAUCAAUGAGAUUGUGGAAAUUAAUUUUGGAGGUUCUGAGGAACCGGAAAUUGUUGAAAACAUGUCGGCCCAACCAUUAGGUGAUGAGGUUGUAAAAAGCAUCAGUGUUGAAAUUGAUGUGAAGUAUGAUGAUUUUGGAUGUUAUGUAGAGGCCGAUUGUAAGGAUGAUUUUGUUGUUCAGACUCAAACGAGUGAGAAUGAUGAAAAGAGAAGUGUUGUCCUAGUUGGCAAAAAUGAUGAAUACGGAUUUAAUUUUGAGUCUGAUGUUGAUGAAAAUGAUGUUGGUUUAAAUCCAGCUUAUGAGAAUGAUGGAAAUAUUGGUGGUGACCAAUUUGUGAAAAGUGACGAAUACGGAUUCUAUGUUAAAUCUGAAUGUAUUGGGCAUUUUGUGGCUCAAAAUCUGACUCUGGAGAAUUGUGAAAAUAUUAGGUAUGCUAAUUUGUAUUCAGAUUGA